UGAAAAAUUGCGUCGACAAAAGUUUCCGUGUAUAAACACAGUCUAGAGGCGACAGACUAUCGAUAGUCGCGACCAAAACGAAAGCAUCAAAAAUAUCGACAGUGCUAUCGAUAGUUUGUCACAACUGGUCUGUAAUUGUCAUUUCAUUAGCCAUCCAUUAAAAAGUGGAAAAUUCUGUUUCCACGCAUAUUAGAACAAAAUUGUGUUAAAAUAAUUCAAGAGUUGUUUACAAUAGAAUUGGCAAGAUGACAGAGCUGCUAAUAGAUCCACAUAUACGCGUCUGGGUUUUCCUGCCCAUAGUGCUCAUCACAUUUUUUGUGGGUGUCAUACGCCACUAUGUCUCGGUGCUAAUAUCAUCACAAAAGAAGGCCGAAAUUACACAGAUUCAGGAUAGCCAGGCGAUGAUACGUGCCCGUUUGCUGCGUGAAAAUGGAAAAUACCUAACAGCUCAUUCGUUCGCGAUGCGAAAGAAUUUCUUCAACCACGAAGAAACAGGAUACUUUAAAACACAGAAACGCGCACCAGUGGCACAAAAUUCCACUGCUAUGCUAACGGAUAUGGUGAAAGGCAACUUCAUCAAUGUACUGCCAAUGGUGAUUAUCGGUGGCUGGAUUAAUUGGAUGUUUUCAGGAUUUGUCACCACUAAAGUGCCUUUUCCGCUGACACUGCGCUUCAAACCGAUGUUGCAACGCGGGGUAGAACUUGCUUCCCUGGACGCUGCCUGGGUAUCGUCAGCAUCAUGGUAUUUCUUAAACGUCUUCGGUUUGCGCUCUAUUUACACACUUGUGCUGGGCGAAAACAAUCAGGCAGAUCAGACACAGGCGCAAGCAGACGCCAUGACUGGUGCAGCAAUGACAAUGCCGCAGGAUCCGAAAGCAGCUUUUAAAGCUGAAUGGGAAGCUUUGGAAAUCACAGAGUAUCAUAGUGCAUUGAAAAAUGUAGAAAAGGAUCUGCUGCAUUAUGCCUUCGGUGGCGAAAUAUCGCUGGAGAAUAGUGUGCGGCAGUAACUAUACCAUUUUAAUAUUUAAAGUAUUUUCAUUUUAGCUUUGGUAUUUAAUUUUAUCCUGCCGUGCGACCAGGAUGUUGGUGACUAGCGAAAUACUGUAAAUUUAGACAAAUUUCGUAAAGAGAAUAAAUCGGUUUUAUUUGACCAAAAGCGAAUAAUACUCUAUGAAAUAAAAAA